AGCAUUACCCUGAGAACACACGUGUCUAAGAAGACGCUGAAGAGGAAAUAAAUAGCAGGUUUGAGAUGCACCCGUAAGGUGCAACACUACACGGGACAACUUUUCAAAGAAACCACAAGUUGCCCCAUAAGCAUUUGUUCCUCCAGCAGCGUGAAGGCGGCGAACAGGAGGACGUGCAGCGUGCUGUACACCACCAACCAGUGAAGAAAGCAAAACAACAGCGGCUGUCACCCACCGGGAGAGAGGGGGAAAAUUACCAAACACACCAGGAGCUUUCAGGUCCCACUGAAGGAGCGCGCAGGUUGUAGCCUAUUUAUGAUCAUGUUAUUGUCAUGCAUUCCCCUUUUCCCUAAAAAAAAAAAAAAAAAAAAAAAAGAAAAAGUAAAAAAGUCCAUGAACUAUUCCUGCUUUGGAGAACGCUGCAGCAGGAACGCGUCUGAGCACAACUGAGAGGGUCCAGUUCAGGGGGGAAACCCUUUUGACUCGAAUUAAGAGGAGGCAUACAUGAGGAAGAAAAAAAAGAAAAAAGGGAAGGAGGAGGGCAGGGAAGAAAGUAUUGGUGGUGCCAGACGCAGCGGCAGUAAGAAGCGUACGUACGUGCUUUAUCUUAGCGGCUGAGUGUGUGACGUGAUAUUGCAGCCUGCUCCUGGAGCUCUGCAAGCAUCAAGCAAAGCGCGUCUAUUUCUCUCUCUGUUGUAACUCACUAGCCCCCAACAUCUCACAUCCACCCACUACGGAUCUUUUUUUUCUCCCCCUUUUUUCCAAGGGGAAGUGCGCGACUUACCGGAGAGAACAUAUCAGUGGGAAUCGAGACGUGGAGUCUGCCGAAUUAAUUCAUGGUAAUACUGUAAGAAUUGCUCGCUUCUUUUCAUCACUCCAAGAAUUUCUCUCUCUCUCUCUCUCUCUCUCUCUCUCUUUCUCGGUGGCUGGCGUGUGUUGUUGCGCUCCGUUUUGAUGGGAAAAACCCAAAAGAGGAAGAAGACGGGGGGGAUAUGAGCGGGCAGACCGGAGUGUAACGCAUUUUAUUUUCAUCCAUUGAACCAUCUUGUUGCGCCGGACUUCUAUUGUCGAGAAUGGGGAGUAUUGAUUCUCUGGAGGGCUGCAGAAUUUAUUUAUAAAGGAUGUGGUCAAGUACGUUGGAAAAAUAGCCAUAGCUUCCGCAGUGUAAGGCCAAAUGACAUAGGAUGAAGGCUGUUCGAAACCUGUUGAUUUAUAUAUUUUCCACCUAUCUUCUGGUUAUGUUUGGAUUAACUGGUGCCCAAGAUUAUUGGUGUUCCACUCUGGUCAAGGGGGUCAUUUAUGGAUCAUAUUCGGUGACUGAAAUGUUUCCUAAGAACUAUACAAACUGUACAUGGACGCUGGAGAACCCAGACCCUACCAAAUACAGUAUCUACCUGAAGCUAUACAAGCAAGACUUGAGCUGCUCUGAAUAUUCUUUGCUUGCUUAUCAGUUUGAUCAUUACUCACAUGAAAAGAUCAAUGAAUUGCUGAAAGUCAACGAGUCUAUAGUGUACCUGUGCGAUUCAAAGAAUAUUUAUGUAUUUUUGCUGUAUGACAAGAAUUUUGUUCAACUACGGAGAGUUUUCCCUUAUGAUUAUAACGGAUUGACGCCACAGAAGCUGGAUGAGGAGGAGAAGUCCAUUGUGGAGUUUUUGGUGUUGAAUAAGGCGAGCCCCAGCCAGUUUGGGUGUCAAGUGCUUUGUACGUGGCUGGAAAACUGCCUGAAAUUAGAGAAAGGGACAGUGGAGACAUGUGGGAUCGUGUACACAAAAUGCACAUGCCCUCAGCAUUUAGGCGAUGGAGAAUCAGAGAGUAUGCUCAUGCUCAACAACGUGGUUUUACCUUUAAAUCCACAAACGGAGGGUUGCUUGUCACCCCAACUACAAGCUGGGCAGAUCUGCAAUCUGAGUGCAGAAGUGAAACGGCCUCCUAAAGAAGAAUAUGGAAUGAUCGGAGAGCAUACAGUAAAAAGUCAGCGGCCAAGAUCAGUUCAUGACACAAAGGCCCUGCAGGAGCAAGCUGAAUCUGCUAAAUUUAUGGCACAAACUGGUGAAUCAGGUGCAGAGGAGUGGUCCCAGUGGAGCUCAUGCUCUGUAACAUGCGGUCAAGGGUCGCAGGUGCGAACAAGAACAUGUGUCUCACCAUACGGAACACACUGCAGCGGCCCUUUAAGAGAAUCAAGGGUUUGCAAUAACACUGCCCCUUGUCCAGUACACGGUGUAUGGGAGGAGUGGUCACCAUGGAGCCUGUGCUCAUUCACAUGUGGCCGAGGUCACCGCACUAGGACUAGGAUGUGUGCGCCUCCCCAGCAUGGAGGCAGGGCCUGUGAUGGACCUGAGACCCAGACUAAGCUUUGCAACAUAGCCCUAUGCCCAGUGGACGGACAGUGGCAGGAGUGGAGCUCUUGGAGCGAUUGCUCGGUGACCUGUGCCAAUGGCACUCAGCAGAGGACCAGGCAGUGCUCAGCGGCCGCCCAUGGGGGAUCUGAGUGUCGCGGUCACUGGGCAGAAAGCAGAGAGUGCCAUAAUCCUGACUGCACAGCUAACGGCCAGUGGAAUCCUUGGGGUCCGUGGAGUGGCUGCUCGAAGUCCUGCGACGGCGGAUGGCAGAGGCGAGCCCGCGUGUGUCAGGGGGCAGCGGUGACUGGGCAGCAGUGUGAUGGCACCGGAGAAGAAGUCAGAAAGUGCAGUGACCAGCGCUGUCCAGCACCGUAUGAGAUUUGUCCUGAGGACUAUGCAGUGUCAAUGGUGUGGAGACGGACACCUUCAGGAGAACUGGCAUUUAAUAGAUGCCCACCUAAUGCCACAGGCACCACUAGUCGACGCUGCUCUUUGGAUCACCGUGGUAUGGCCUUCUGGGAACAGCCCAGCUAUGCUCGAUGCAUAACAAAUGAAUUCAGAUACUUGCAGCAAUCAGAGGUUCAGGGGCACCUUGCUAAGGGCCAGAGGAUGCUGGCGGGGGAUGGGAUGUCCCAGGUCACAAAAAACCUGCUGGACCUCACCCAGAGGAGGAACUUCUACGCUGGUGACCUGCUGUCUUCUGUAGAGAUCCUUCGCAAUGUGACGGAGACCUUCAAGAGAGCCAGCUAUGAGCCAUCUUCAGAUGAUGUGCAAAACUUCUUUCAAAUCAUCAGCAACCUCCUGGAGGAGGAAAAUAAGGAGAAAUGGGAAGACGCGCAAAAGAUCUAUCCCGGAGCAGUGGAGCUCAUGCAGGUCAUAGAGGAAUUCAUCCACAUCGUUGGAUUGGGCAUGAAGGAUUUCCACAAUGCCUAUUUGAUGACUGGGAACUUGGUGGCCAGCAUCCAGCGACUUCCAGCAGUGUCUGUGAUGACUGAUAUCAACUUCCCCAUGAAGGGUCGUAAAGGCAUGGUUGACUGGGCCAGGAACUCCGAAGAUAAAGUGGUCAUCCCAAAGGGCCUCUUUGUUUCCCAGUCAGCAGAUAUGGAAGGAUCGCCUGUCUUCAUUUUGGGAACAGUUCUCUACAAGACUCUUGGACUCAUGCUACCUUCACCAAAGAACCACACAGUUGUGAACUCCAAGGUCAUUGCUGUAACUGUGAGACCUGAGCCCAAGGCAACUGAGUCCCACCUGGAGAUUGAACUGGCUCACCUGGCAAAUGGAACAAUGAACCCUUACUGUGCACUGUGGGACAGCACCAUAAUGAACGAUUCUUGGGGAGCCUGGUCCACAAAAGGAUGUAAAACGGUGCUUACAGAUGCAUCCCAUACAAAAUGCUUAUGUGAUCGUGUAUCUACCUUCGCCAUUUUGGCUCAGCAACCAAGAGAAAUAACCAUGGAGUACUCAGGGGUCCCAUCUGUGACAUUGAUAGUUGGCUGUGGUCUGUCUUGCCUCGCCUUGAUCACGUUGGCAGUGAUCUAUGCCGUGCUAUGGAGAUAUAUCCGCUCUGAACGAUCCAUCAUCCUGCUCAACUUCUGCUUAUCUAUAAUCUGCUCAAACAUAUUGAUCCUUGUUGGACAAACGCAGACCCACAAUGUGGGUGUCUGCAUCAUGACGACAGCCUUUCUGCACUUCUUCUUCCUGGCAUCAUUCUGCUGGGUCCUCACAGAGGCCUGGCAGUCCUACAUGGCAGUGACGGGAAAGGUUCGGACCAGGCUCAUCCGCAAGCGCUUUCUGUGUCUGGGCUGGGGAUUACCAGCGUUAGUGGUUGCUGUUUCAAUGGGAUUCACCAAAACAAAGGGCUAUGGGACACCCUUGUACUGUUGGCUGUCUUUGGAGGGUGGGCUCCUGUAUGCCUUUGUUGGACCUGCUGCUGCUGUUGUUCUGGUCAACAUGGUGAUCGGUAUCUUGGUGUUUAAUAAACUAGUGUCCAGAGACGGCAUACUGGACAAGAAGCUGAAGCAUCGAGCAGGGUAUGACAGCACAUCCUUACAGAUGAGUGAGCCGCAUACAGGAUUAACUCUCAAGUGUGCCAAAUGUGGUGUUGUAUCAACAACUGCUUUAUCAGCAACUACAGCUAGCAAUGCAAUGGCAUCCCUGUGGAGUUCCUGUGUCGUCCUACCUCUGCUGGCUUUGACCUGGAUGUCCGCGGUGCUCGCCAUGACGGACAAGCGCUCCAUACUCUUUCAGAUCCUCUUUGCUGUCUUUGACUCACUGCAGGGUUUUGUCAUUGUGAUGGUGCACUGUGUCCUACGGAGAGAGGUCCAAGAUGCUUUCAGAUGUCGGCUCAGAAACUGCCAAGACCCAAUCAGUGGUGAUGCAACAGGAACCUUCCCUAAUGGGCAUGCUCAGAUAAUGACGGACUUUGAGAAAGAUGUGGACAUCGCCUGCCGAUCAGCACUCCACAAAGACAUGGGCUCUUGUCGCGCCGCCACCAUAACAGGCACCCUUUCCCGCAUUUCCCUCAAUGAUGAGGAGGAUGAGAAGGCCCCUGAGGGCCUCAACUACUCUACGUUGCCUGGCAACAUCAUCUCCAAAGUGAUUAUCCAGCAGCCUUCAGCUCUGCACAUGCCGAUGGGAGUUGGUGAGCUGAAAGAGCAGUGCAUGGUUGACAGCAACGCUGACAUGCGCCGCACUGUUUACCUGUGCACCGAUGAUGCCAUGCGCCAGAGCGACCAUGACAUGGUUGGCCAUGACAUGGAGGGCCACUCGGUGCAGGGCCAGAUGAUGGAGACAGACUACAUAGUCAUGCCUCGUGCCUCUGCAGCAGCGGUGUCAGGGUCGUGUAACGCGUCCACCCUUCAGAGAGAGGACACCAAGAUGAACAUCACUAUGGAUACGCUGCCACACGAGAGGCUGAUGCAUUACAAGAUGAGCCCUGACUUCAAUAUCAGCCCGUCAGGCAUGGACCACAUGAAUGUGAACCUGGAGCAGCAGUAUCCUAGCGCUCCAGAGCAGAUGCAAAACCUGCCCUUUGAACCUCGCACGGCUGUUAAAAACUUCCUCGCUGAGAUGGAGGAAUCUGCGGGCCUUUCUAGGAGUGAGACAGGGUCUACAAUAUCUAUGAGCUCCUUAGAGAGACGAAAGUCACGAUAUUCUGAUUUGGACUUCGAGAAAGUCAUGCACACCAGGAAAAGACACAUGGAGCUGUUCCAGGAACUGAAUCAGAAAUUUCAAACCCUGGACCGAUUUCGAGACAUACCAAAUAUGGGCAGCAUGGACAAGGCAAUGCCAAACAAGAACCCAUGGGAGAGCUACAAUCCAGCCUGUGAGUACCAGAAUUACGCCACUAUGAAUGUAUUAGAAUCUGACACCAAGGACUCACUGGAGAUGACGCCUGCAGAGUGGGAAAAGUGUGUCAACUUACCCUUAGACGUCCAGGAGGGAGACUUCCAAACAGAGGUCUAGAGGGUGAAGAAGGAGAAAAUGCAAACUAGGAAAGGAGGAGAAAAGGAUGUAUUUUGCACUGAAUAAAGCAACAGACUUUUCUAACAGCCUUGGCAUACAUAUCUGGAAAAUAUGAGUGUGACAGGGACAUUAUGUGCCAAUACAAUAUAUGGACUGAGGAGAGAGAAAAAAGAAAAAAGGGAAAAAAACAUCAGUGUUACUUUUUGUAUUCUCACUAGUGUACUUAGUGUGGGGCAGCCUGGUGUACAAUAUUUACCAUCAUGUGUUUCAAAUUAUCUGUUGAGGAAUUGGCUAAAAAAGAUAAUCUCUCUAGAUGACACCUCACAAAGCAAAUGACAUGCCAUGUCGUCCCAGCUUCAUUGGGUCUAGUUUUGAUUUCAUAAAACUGGACCCGGGAGCACAAUGUAUAUAUUUAUGCAGGUUUUUAAAAAGUUUAUAACAGUCUGUUUGGCCAUUACUACACUUUUUACUUUAUAAUAUAAAACAUGGGAGGCAAAGAGGAUUUUUUCUGUCAUAUUAAAAUGAAUGUUUGUCAAGCUACAUUCUUCAUUGCUUUAAAUGCAAUAAAGAUAAUACUCACUUUUAUAUAAAUAAUAUAUUUCACAACUUUAAUACUGCAGAAUCUGCUUGAAGGAUCCCAGCAAGCUCUCUCAUCUGCAGCUCUGUAUAAAAUAUUUAAAAACAAAAUGUUGUAUGGUGUAAAUAAACUUUUGUCUACAUAUGUUUUACUUGUGCCAAUUUAUUUUAAUGAGAACAAAUGCCAACCUGAUCAAAAGUUAUAGCGAAAAAUGUUAACAUUUGAAAAGGAAUGUAAAUAAAAGAGGAAAUAUGUUCGUACUGCUUCA